AUGGAAGCUGAAGGAAUCGGUCGUCACGGUGACUGGAACAACCCGAUAACAAGCCGAUUACGGAAAGGUUCAUUAAAAGGAUACUUGGCGUGGGAUUUUUUUUUUAUUUACCAAAAAUAGAUAUUUUAUAUUUUGGACAAAAAAUUGGCCUAACGUCGUACAUUCGUUUGUAAUUCUCAUAAUUCUGUAUAACAGACUUUUAUGGAAGGUACUGUAUAGAAAAAAAAACCACGAUAAACGAAUUCACCUCUUUCUUUCAUAAGGCCUCUAGAGCGAAGCAGUAACUCUAAGUUUAAGACUGUGAGUUCAUUGUCUAUUAUUAGGUUACUCGGCAUGUUGGCCGUUUAACGUUCACUGAAUAAAAUUUUCAUCAUUUAUUUUUACUUUUUGACUCGGAAGUUAGGUUUUUAGCUCUUUUUCUGAAUUUUCGAAUUUGAUUUCGAAGCACAUGGAAAUAUCUGUUCUUAUUUUUUGAAAAACUCUAAACUCAUUUCAAGACUCCUUCUAGUAGAUUUUUACAAGUUCUAAUUAAUUUAUUCUACUUCUGACGAAAAUUUUUUUUUAUUACGAAUGUUUUCAGUUCGAUCGUAUUAAAAUCAUCGCAAUUGAAGAAUUCAAUGAAAUUCAACGGCAUUUGUUAUGGAUGAGACCUAGCUUUACGAAUUUGAAAGUGUUCGAACUUUGAUGGUUGCCAGCGACCAUACAACGCAGUGAUUCAAUUUAGAAACUCGUCCUCAAGCGACACGCAAAAAAAAAAUCAAAACAUUAUCAACGUUUUGCUGAUCGAUUUAUUUCACAGAGUUCGGAGUUCUCCUUUUCUGAAAAUAAUUUCUAAAUAGGUAGGUCGAUCAGGAUUUUCUCUCUUUCCCUUUUUUUUGUAAGUGGAAUUUUUUCAGUUAUUAAUUUUCGUACCCUUUUUUUUGGCUACCUUUUCAGCUAUUUUUCGUCUUAUUCGUGCUACUAGGUACUCACGAAAAUCUUGAAAAAAUUAUUGAAGGCGUAGAGGCGGAGCUUGACUUUUUUCACCACAGAUUGCAAUGCUUCGCCAUAUUCACACGAAAAAAUUUCUGGUUUUUGAGCUUCCUUUGGUUUAAACUACAUAUUUCUUUAAUUCCUUUUAUUAGAAAAAGAAGGUUCAAGUUUUUGGAGCUUACUCUUCUUUUGAAUAUUUUACUAUAAACUGACACCGCAAUUUACAACUAAACUGUUUUUCUUGCGAAGGAAACCGGAGUUUCUUGCUCCAGUUUGAACUAACUCAGCAAAAAAGGGAUCGUCUGAGGUUAUUGAGACGUAUUGAAACCCUUUUCUUUAUGCUUUUGUUAUUUUUUUCUCUGUGGACUGGAUGAACCUUCUGUCUGAUGUCAAAGAGCAUAGGACGAACUUUUGUUUGGAAAGGAAAUUGCCGCCUUUGCGUUCUAUAUGUUUAGGAAAUAGUAAUAUCGUCGAGAAAGUGGAGUUAACCCAUAAUUUUCCAACGACCGUCCUCAGCAAUCUUUCAAAGCUGCCCCGCAAGUAACGAGUACAAGUCACACAUCGGAUACCUUAAAGGUGCGGAGUCGACGGAUAUUGGCAUGGAGACCGACGUGACGUGGUCGCCGCCUCUCCGUUGUGAUGCUCUCUCGAAAAGAAAAAAAAAGACUCCCUCGGCUUUCGCGGCGCAGACGAGCAGGGAAUCGAUCGCGACUCCACCGCCGCAGGGCGUGUGA